AUGUCGGGAUGAAAUGUCCAAUUUUUCCAAUAUUUUUCACAUUAUGCCCGCAGGUCCAUAACGUUGAUACCGUUAAAUCCGUUGGGAGCAUCGGUAAGUUAGGCUGCAUAACAGUAUAAUUUUACGGUUUUCUACGAUUCCACAGAAGCCAAACAAGGCACCUAGCUACAUUUGAAAAUCGAAUGAUUUCAAAGAUACCCACAAAUCUUCCACCUCAUUUGAACAUCAAAUUUAUCAAAAAUUAUUUGAAUUCUGGUGAUUUGAAACGUGCUCGCCAACUGUUCGAUAAAAUAUCCGAACCAGAUAUUCAAUUGUGGACAUUGUUGAUCACGGCUUAUACGAGGCAGGGUCAUCCUAAAGAAGCAAUUAAGCUUUAUGCGGAAUUCAGAAAUAGGGGAAAAGUUAAUCCCGAUAAGUUGGCUCUUUUGUCUGUUGCCAAAGCUUGUGCUACAUCAGGGGAUGUUUUUAAGGCAAAAGAGAUCCAUGACGAUGCUAUCAAAUAUGGGUUUGGUUCAGAUUUACUUCUUGGGAAUGCGAUGAUUGAUAUGUAUGGGAAAUGCAAGUACAUUGAGGGUGCAAAGAUAGUUUUUGAUGAUUUGAGAGUGAAGGAUGUGAUUUCUUGGACAUCAUUAUGCUCAUGUUAUGUCAAUUGUGGGCUUCUGAGAGACGCUCUUUGGGCAAUUCGUGCAAUGUGUCAGAGUGGAACAAGGCCUAAUGCUAUGACAUUAUCUACCAUACUUCCCGCUUGUUCAGUUUUGAAGUCUUUGAAUUUGGGUAGAGAGGUUCAUGGUUUUGGUAUUAAGAAUUGUAUGGAAGAUAACAUGUUUGUGAAUAGUGCACUGGUGGAUAUGUAUGCUAGUUGUUCAAGUAUCAAGCAAGCUGAGCAGGUGUUUCAUAACAUGCCCCUGCGUGAUAUGGUGUCAUGGAAUGUGAUGAUAUCAGCAUAUUUCUCAAAUGGAAAAUGUGAGGAUGCACUUAAUAUGUUUGAUCGGAUGAUAAAUCGAGGAGUCAAGUUGAAUUAUGAUUCCUGGAAUGCCAUUAUUUGUGGAUUUAUGGAUAAUGGACAAACACAACAAGCACUGGAGAUAUUCAGCAGAAUGCAGCAGUUUGGAUUCAAACCAAACCAAAUCACCAUUACAAGUGUCCUACCUGCUUGCACACAUUUGGAAAGCUUGAGGGGAGGAAAGGAGAUUCAUUCAUAUAUCAUUAGGCAUUUGUUUUAUGAAGAUCUAACAGCAACUACGGCUUUGAUCUUUGUGUAUGCCAAAUGUGGUGAACUGGAGCUGUCCCAUAGAGUUUUCAGCAUGAUGCCAAAGAAAGAUACUGUUGCUUGGAACACAAUAAUUAUUGCAAACGCAAUGCAUGGAAGAGGAGAGGAAGCUUUGUUUAACUUCAAUGAAAUGGUAAGCUCAGGGAUUAAACCAAACUCUGUUACUUUUACAGGUGUUCUAUCUGGUUGCAGCCACUCAAGGCUGGUAGACGAGAGCCUCUCUAUUUUUCAUUCAAUGAGUAAGUAUCACAAUAUUGAACCUGAUGUGGAGCACUAUUCCUGCAUGGUUGACGUUCUAAGUCGUGGAGGUCGCUUAAUGGAGGCAUAUCAGUUUAUACAAGAUAUGCCCAUUGAGCCCAGUGCUGGUGCUUGGGGAGCCUUGCUUGGAGCUUGUCGUAUAUACAAGCAUGUGGAUUUAGGACGAAUUGCUGCAAGCCAUCUAUUUAAGGUUGAACCGAACAACCCGGGAAACUAUGUUCUGUUAUCUAACAUCCUUGUUACUGCCAAACUGUGGGGAGAAGCGUCAGAGAUUAGGAAACUGAUGAGAGACAGAGGAAUAAAGAAAGUGCCUGGUUGCAGCUGGAUUCAAGUGAAGGACAGAAUGCACACUUUUGUGGUUGGUGAUAAAAAGAACGAUCAGAGUGAUGAAAUUUAUAAAUUUUUGAAUGAAAUGCGCAAGAAGAUGAAAUUAGCAGGAUACUUGCCUGAUACUGAAUUUGUUUUACAAGAUUUGGAUGCAGAAGACCAGGAAGACAGUUUGUGCAAUCACAGUGAGAAGCUUGCUGUUGCUUUUGGGAUACUUAAUUUGAACGGUGAGUCAUCUAUUAGGGUGUUUAAGAACUUGAGAAUAUGUGGUGAUUGUCAUAACACCAUCAAGUUUAUAGCAAAAAUUGUUGGCGUGCAAAUCAUUGUGAGAGAUUCAUUAAGGUUUCACCAUUUUAAAGAUGGCCUUUGUUCCUGUAAAGAUUUCUGGUGACGCCCACAAUGCCAUUCGUUGGUUAAGUUCAGCAAUCCCAAUCAGAAAAAUCAACUCGAUCAAAGUGGGACAUUAUUACAUUCUUAUGGGUGCUUUAAGCACUACAGCUACAUUGUUUAAAACAUUAAGAUUCUUUCCAAAUAUGCAUAGCACGGAUCAAAAGCCUCUGUGAGAAACAGGCAUUGAGCUAUUUUUUCAUUAUUUCCUGCCGUAUGUAUACAUGAAUUUAGUCAAGUUGCCGGUGAUGGACACGCAUAGAAAGGAUCGAGCUCACUCAAAAGGUUCUCUCUUUGGAGGUUAACUGAAAUCAUUUCAGAGUCUUCAAUCUGUUUUCUUCGCAGUCAUCAUUUUUUGCAGUAUUACAAAGAAGUUUCAGCUCGAAAACAUUAAAGCCGAAACUUAAGUCAACAAAAACUGGCAACCAUUAUGGUAGUGAUAAUUUGGAACAUUACAAAGCAAAUUAUGGAUCCAAGGAAUGGCAUAAAUCUUGGCUAAAUGAACAAGGUACAAUCUCACAGAGUUGACCUUUUUAAGUUUUGUAAGUGCAUAAUUUUUGUGUUCAAGCAUAUCAUAAAAUGGUAAGUUAUGAUAUAGUCAGUCUCUUCAGAAUAUUGCUGGCUUGUUUGCUGAGAUAGAUAACAACAUUGGAUGGUAUUAAUGAAUAAAAAGAAGUUAACUUUAUCGAUUAUACUCAUUCCAAUCAUACCAUAUACGCCAGAAAUGGAUAUACUAACAAUUUCUGCCAAUAAUUUCAAUGGCUAGUUCUGUUAAUUGAAAACGGCCAGAAAUGGAUAUACUAACAAUUGCUGCCAAGAUUAUGUACAUGCAGGAUAUUGUUUGGGUGCUUCUCAAAUUACAAAAUUCAAGCUAAGGAUCAGUGCAUAUUGCUGGGCGUACCAGUUCCCUUGGAUUUUCACAUCCUUGAGGGCCUUGGACCCCAAAAUCAGUACCAGAUGGCCUAUUUUUCGUAACACGCAGAAGUCAUCUGUCACGUUGAAGAUGAAGCAUUCUUUCAUGUUUUCCUUCUCGAGCUCUUCUUCGUCCCUAUCUCCAUUUGGCAAUGCAACAACAUCGUCACAAGAGAAUAAUGCUUUUAUCACCAAUAGUAUAUUGACCAAUAAUACUAUUUAUUACCACUAGUAUAUAGAAUAUACUGUCAUGUAAAUCAAUGAUCAUCUAGAUUUUAAACGAAUGGCAUAAAUUUUAAUGUAAAUGACUUCUUCAACUGUUGCAUGGAGACCAACUUAGUAUUUAGAAUUAAAAUUCUUUGUCAGAAAAAAUUGACACCCUUGUUGAGUGGGAUUCAUGCAUAAACCAUGUGAA